AAACAAUUUAGAAUAAGGAAUAAAACACGCCUUGCAAACAAUGACAGAAAAGACGAAGCAGUUAAAAUAUUUAGCUCAAUGUGGCCUGAUACUAUUCUUAUUUUUUUGUAUUCUCAGUUUGACUGAUACAAUUUCUUCAGUGUCAUUAAAAAGAAAAUCGACAGCUAAAACAAUUGCACAAGUACCUUUAUACAUAGAAUCACCAGUAACAAGGCAUUAUAACAGCUUGAUCGAAAAAAGGAAGGGGUCAAUAUGUCCUAUCUUACAAGGUGGAUUUGGAAAUAGAUUGUUUCAAUUCUCUACUGCGUUUGCUGCAGCAAGAUCUAAGAAUAUGGAUCUUAUCAUACCCUCUGGUGCUGAAAUCAGCAAAGUUUUUGAAAUUAAUGAGACAUUCAAUGGAGCAAGAGAAGUGUGUAAAGGGUUUCGGAAAGUUUUAGAUAAAGCAUCUCCAACUUUCCAUAAAAACUUAAUGAACUUUAGCUCAACUGAUAAUAUUCAACUUGGAUAUGGUCUUCAGUCGUGGAAAUAUUUUUAUAUGUAUGAUAAACAGCUUAGGAAGCAAUUAACAUUUAGAAAACAUAUACAAAAUGAGGCAAAACAGACGAUCGAUAAAAUACUACAACGACGUAACAUUACGUCACGCAAGAGUGUUAAUUUGGUUGGCGUCCAUAUAAGGCGAGGCGAUAAGGUUGGCAAUCAUGAUGGGUUUAACAUCGCUACACCAGAGUAUUUAAGCAGAUCUGUUAUCUAUUACACUAACAAAUAUGAAGCUGUUAUAUUUUUAGUUAUAUCAGAUGGGAUGUCAUGGUCUAAAGAAAAUAUGCCAUCUCAUGCCCCAGUAGAAUAUAUAUCAUUAGGUAAAAGAGAACUCGAUAUGGCAACUGUAGUUGCCUGUGACCACACAAUCAUGACAAUAGGAACGUUUGGCUGGUGGAUCGGAUUCUUAACUGGUGGAGAUGUGGUAUACGUGAAGGAUGCAGCAGCAAAAGGUUCACGAUUUGAAAGAAUACUUAAUUUUGAAGAUCAUUACUAUCCUCACUGGGUAGGACUUUAGUUAAUCUGCAUUUUUGACCAAUCACGUUUUAACCAUCUUUUUGCAAAAUCGUUGUAAUGAAGUCUUAAUACAACCAUCGAAGUGCACAAAUUGUAAUCACAUUGGAAAAUUUUAUUUAUAAAAGAUAAGUCUAAACUAAGCGCCUUUCAUUAUCAAGACUGCUAAGAACCUGGUCCGUGUUUAUCUGCGUCCAUUCGUUUUUCCUUUUGAGAUAUCAAAAACGAAAAAGAAAAAACAAAAGUCUCUUUAUUUUUAAUUUGAUAUCUUUAAAACCAAAUAUUUCGUUUUUAAUAUCUUAAAACAAAAAAACGAAAAACUGUUGUCGCCUUCUAUACUCUGCUUUCUCAUUCCUUACUCUUCUCCGUAGACUAACUGAUGAUAGGUACAAUCAAAAUGACACCAGAUUAGGUUUUGCUUGUGACAUUAUGGAAAUACUCACAAAAUAUGAUUUAUCGAAGUAUUUAGAUCGAUUUCUCAAUGAUGGACAAUUUCCAAGUUCUCCAACAUGGAAGUCGAGUCGAGUCGUCUAUUUAUCAGGUUGAAGUAGUAAAGUGGCGUCCACGUAUGGCAUUGGAUUCCGAUUUUGUUGUUUGCAAAGACAUCCACUCGUUUUAUAUACCACAUGCGGCGUGGAAGGUAGCACUUCGUCGCCCACUGAUUUGACGGUGUCCUAUAGCUAUUUUUCCCGGGAGGGGGAGGGGCAGUAACUGGAUCGAUCCAGUGUUGGCCUAUUUUCCCCUUUGGAACACGAGUAGCUCAUUUCCCGCCUUGUAUUAACGUCGGCGGCGUCAGUUGGAUAAUAGUUAUCCAUUUAAAAAUGAUAGUAUCCGUCUUUUAGUUAGUUUAGCAUUAUCACACCAUCAUCGUAUCAUUAUACAUUCAAUAUCAGAUUAUUUAUUUAUAUUUAUACAAGUUUAAUCGUUUAUAUAAAAAAUAUACAGUGAUACAUUCUUUGGUCGGGUUGUUGUCUCUUUGACACAUUCCCCAUUUCCAUUCUCAAUUUUAUUGUUAAUUUCCAUUGUUUAAUGCAAUGUAGGCGUACAUAUAAUAAUAAUUUUUCAGCUGAUUUAGUAGUUUUAGGUAAAUAAAUUGAAGAAAAACUACGGUUUCUUAUUAGUGCAUUCUGAAUAAAAUUCGGAUCUAUCAUAACUUUCAUUUAUAAAACAAAACGAUUUGUUACAUUUACUGCACAAAAUGGGUUCUCAACUAAAAUUUUAAAUUUUAAAUUCUCAUAUGCUGUUAUAGAAAUUAUUGAUAUCUUUAGAAUUUUUAUGAUCAUUUUGUGGUACUUUCUAAGAAAUUUCACCAUGUUCCGGGAAAAAGUUAAGCUAUUAUCUUAUUUUCUAAUAAAUUAAUUUUUAUAGUAUCAACAUUUGCUAAUCUUACUUCAAGUAUACGGAUUCAUUUCAUUUCUAUGGGUAACAGAUUCUGCUGAACAAAUGUUAUUGGUUCUAAAUAAUAUGGGAUGCCUAUAUACUUAUUUCAUUACCUUUUGUAGUUGAGCGGUUGUUUUAUACAAUUGACAACUAUUAUUUUUGUAUACAGAAUAUUUUAAAAAUGCGUUGGCGGAUAAUACAAAAAAAAAAUAUGAAAAUAGCAUCUUCAUCUUUGCAGGAUGCUGAUAUGGCUUUAUAAAGUUCCAUAUUGAACACACCAGCAUCUUUGCAUUAUAUGUUUUUCGUAACACCAUAGCCUGCUGUACGUACUGGAUGUUGUCAAUAUCACUGGACUUGCUGUAUUCACCUUCCCAUGUGUCGGCACAUCAUGUCAUGAUCAAUUCUAUUUUCAUUUCAUUCACAAAACUUACAUUUUCUUUAUUACGAUCAUUGUUAAGCCUGUGUCUUUUUACUGUAUUUAAUAUCUAUCAAUCAUUUAAUAAAAUCAGUUACAUGAACUUGAACUUUCUAACUUUCUUUUAUCAUUUAUCACUAAUCUGAAAUCAGCUGGAAUCGCAAAUGACCUGGUGUUGUUUGGAUGUUUCGUCGCCUAAGUUCAACCUGUCCAGUAACUAUAAAGUGUUACGAUACAUAAUACACAACACAUAAAUAGUAACCGGGAAGGUACAGCCACUACUUAAA